CGAGACCAAAGCCUCGCUUCUUUCAAGGCAAACAUGGCGACUGCGGUUCAGGAGCGCUUCAGGGAACAUGUGAACGUUGUUGAUGCUCUCAGAGCCAAUUACAGCAGCAGAGACGACCUCAACCGUGUUUCUGCAAUACAGCAGUUAGAGGCAGAGCUGUCUGAAUUGUGCUCACGACGAGAGACAAAUGUCCAGGCUGUAGUGAAAGAGCUGUGCAGAGAAACUGAAGCUGUUGAGGCUGUCCUCAACGAGGCCAGUCCACCAUCAGCACAUGCAGGAAGAAUGAAGGAGCUGCUGUCCGCCAGGACUUCUACGCACAGCGCCGUGGAGCAACUAAAUAAAGAGAAGAGGUUCUUGCAGGACCAGCAGACAUCCUUGCAGCAGCAGGCGACAGAAGUCCAGCUGCGGAGUGAGAGGGUUGAGGAGCUGGUGACGGAGACAGAGCCACGCACGCGGCAUGAGCUGAGUCUCUAUGUGCACAUCACAAACAUCAGCUGGCACCUGCAGAACAAUCACAACCGGAUUUCUGGCAAGGUGCACCGGCCAGCAACCAAGGACAUCCGCCACAUUGACAUCGACCCAUCAGACAAGUCACAAUUCGACGUUGUCAACUCGAUCUGGGAUACUCUGGGGUAAAUUCUAGAGCGUGCAAGCAGAAGUGAUCACAUUUCCUUGUGACCCGACUUCUAUGCUCGUACAUUUGUCAUCAGUAUUACUGCUGUCUUAGAUCUACCGCCUGGCGAGGUGUGACACAAUAUCGAUCCAAUCAUGCCCUCUCGGUUUUUCAUUUGUGGCUCCAAAGCGGUCAUAGUGUCUCCGCUUCUGCGCUUUGCUCAUGAACUUCGUUGAGAGACCCUGAACACACGAGCAGAAAUUUGCGGUCCAUAUUCUUGGCCAGCGCGCCGUCUGCAGUGCUAUGGUGUCAAAGAUCUGUGCGUGUGCGCAAGAGCAGACUUGGAAGGUGAUUAGCACUGCAAAGGGGGUUUCGUAGCAAUACUCACCUCGUCAUCUUCAUUGUCAGCAACUUGGACAGAGGCCUCCUCCUUUUGUGGCUCCUCAUCGUGCUUCACAGUGGAGGCCAAGCGUGAUGACCAUUGUGGCAGCUGUUCCCUAGCCCACUCUAUGGGCACGAAAUGGUCAGGAGAAAGUGCAACGUUACAAAGAGUUGCAAGAAAUGAUUGCAAUCUUGGGGUCAGAUGAAAUGUUGAGGACUCCGUUACCUAUGACAGUGUAUAGACAGCAAGUUCCUAGCAGUUCUUCUGCCUGUAUGACAUUCAUAGGUUUGUACCAUAAAUGUAGAUCACCAGCAUGGCA